CCUCAAUGUGAAGAAGUAAAAUAUAAAGCGCUCCUAUAAAUUCCUGAACAUGGAGAUGCCGGGCUAUUCAAGCCGAAAGAAGCUUCCCAAGAAAACAGAGAAUAAAGUUACGUCGAAACCUCGGUGGCAUGAAACAAGUCCAAGCUUUCUACUUCCAAGACCAGCUCAAGAGGACACCCAUGCUUCUGUACUGUCUAACAUAGAAGGAGCAGGGGUGCAAUGGCGUCAGACUCAUCAUCAAAGUCCAAAGCACACGGGGACCAAAGUUGGAAGGACCGCAGGAGUAUGUUCUGGGCGCCAUGGCAGUUUCCAGCCCACUAGGGAGCGUGAGCAGUUCCGCAGUGCUCUUGUCAGCAUUAUUAUGCAGCGUGGAAAUGCCUCCACUUCGUCCAUCACACAAGAAAGCCUCCCAUCCACCUCUGGUUCACCUACUGCUGUGGAGAAAGACAUUUUGAGAUAUUACUACUACAUCCACAAUGGAAUAGGCACUGAGGACGUGGCAGCCAUGGAGGACUCCUGGCUGGAGCAUGUUCUUGAUUUAGUCCCAGAGUAUCUGAAAUGUUUGAGUGGAACCAUUGAGGCUCUUUCAGAUGAGAUGAGAGAGGACUACCUGCUCAGUGUCAAAAAGGCUAUUGUGGAUUUUGUGCUACGGGACCCCAGAAAGAAUGAAGAUGAUAAAGCCAAAGAUCUUCCCCCGCAUAGACAGGAAAUGGAAAUUAUUCCAAAGCCAUGGAAAAAGUCGUUUCUUCAAGCCCAGAAAAGCAUGGGAAAGCAGCUUCACUCAGUCAAUCCCACCAUGCUCUCAGUAUUGAAUCUGUGGCAUGUUUCUUACAAAAAGUUGCGUCUUGUUAAUGUGGAAGACUUCCACAAUGAGUCCCUGGAGCUGUCUGCCUUUCAGCAGCAAGUCAAUGAACAAAUUGAAUGUGCCAACGAAGUCCUUCUCAGAAGGUGGAUACCAGAAGUGCAGCAAGUUUAUAAUCUUGGUAUCAAGCGCAAACUGGUCCCCAGCAACACCAGUGUCACUCGGCUCCGGUCAUUUUACAACUGUGUUGCCACACUCAUGACCUCCCUGCUUCAAAGCCUGGCACUUGAAUCCAUUCAGGAUUACACACACCUCAUUGUCCAAGACCCUCUUUCUGUGAGAACCUGUGAUCAUCUGGGUUUUGUCAUAAAGCUGGUGCUGGACGAUCAUACCAUUAAAUUUGAACCUGUUUUUGAAGACUUUGAAGUUGUCCUGGUAAAUGUCUAUAACACGAUGCUAAAAUCCAUAAGUCUGAUUCCUCGGGUGGAGCCGCAGCUGCUGCAUUCAGAAAGGCCUGACCCAGAAACACACAGUACCCUUAAACCCACUGUCCUGCCAGAGAUCCUGAAGGCCCAUCAGCAGAAGGUCAGGCAGGUAAUCCGUGCAGAAAGUACCAAACCCUCGGAGCACAUUCGUUUCUAUGAUAAGUAUGCCCCGCUGGUGUCCCAGCAAGCUGAGGAGGAUGUGACCCAGUUCCUCCAGGAGCAGCACUCAUUCCAUGAGCUGAUGAUGGAGGUGACCCGUUACCAGCAGUUAGCUGAUGAGAUCCGGUACGGCACCGUCAAGGUGGUACGUUUGGGUAUGUUCGAAGUUCACUCUCAUGAGCUGGUCCGGGCUCUUGUUAAGCGAGCGGAGGGUCUUAUGGAGAGAAUGGUCACUUACAUGUUACAGAAUCAUCAAGAGUUCAAUAAGAAGUUGUGUGAGGAAUAUGAUAAAAUAUCAAAGAAAGCCUUAAGCAGUCCAUCAAACACACAGGAACUCAUGGAGCUUAAGGUAUACGUGGAGAAGGUGGAAACAAAGGAGAUGCCUCUGCUGGAAUUGAAGCUCCAGGAGUCAAAUAGCCGGUUGUGUUUCUUGGUGGACUAUGUCACAUUCACCCUCACAGAUAUCCGCCUGAACAGCGAGACCUUCCAGAGUCAAGCACGCAUGCCGGCAGUUUUUGAUCAGCACCGUCAGAUCAUUAAGGAGAAGACUGGACAGUUCCAGGAUGGCCUCAAGUUGAGGUGUGAGCGGGCUUUGGAAGAUCUAGAGAGCUACGCAAAGCAAGUGGAGGAGUUUGCCACCUUCGGUAACAUCUCUGAGCUCAGCAAAUACCUGAAGAAAGCCCAGGCCCUCAAUUCUAAACUGGACUCUCUUAUAGAAAAGAUCAGAGGCUUCAACCAGGAGGAGGAGGCCUUUGGUUGGCCUGUCUCUCAGUACCCACAGCUCAAGACGGUUCAGGACUGCCUGGUUCCAUAUCUGCGGCUGUAUGAGACGGUGGCUGAGUUUCAAAGGCAGCACCAUCAGUGGGUGCACGGCCGACUCCCAGCUGUCAACCCAGACAAAGUGGAAGCUGAUGUGGGGAACUACAGCCGUUCUUUGUACAAGCUUGAGAAAAGUUUCCAGGACUCACCCAACGCUCUCCAGAUCGCGACCUCUGUGAAGGCAGAAGUAGAGGCGUUUAAGGAGCACAUUCCUUUAAUGCAGGUGUUGUGUAACCCUGGUCUCCGACACCGCCAUUGGGAUGCCAUGUCUGCAGUAGUGGGCUUCCCCCUCAGGCCGUCAGAAGAGGACACCUGUGUGGCAAAGUUUCUUCCCCUCAAUCUAGAAACUCAUCUCGCCACUUUCGAAACCAUCAGUGAAUCAGCCAGCAAGGAACACGGCCUCGAAAAGGCCAUGGAGCGCAUGGCCGGUGAAUGGGCCGGGAUGGAGUUUACCCUCCUGCCCUAUCGUGAAACCGGGACCUCCAUUCUGUCCUCAUUGGAUGAGAUACAGAUGCUGCUGGAUGACCAUAUUGUCAAGACCCAGACCAUGAGAGGCUCGCCCUUCAUCAAGCCAUUCGAGGCUGAGAUACGGGACUGGGAGGGUAAGCUGCUGUUGCUGCAGGAAAUUCUGGAUGAGUGGUUGAAGGUUCAGGGCACCUGGCUUUACCUCGAGCCCAUCUUUAGUUCUCCAGACAUCAUGGCUCAGAUGCCCACUGAGAGAGAUCGCUUUACAGCCGUGGACAAAACCUGGAGGGACACCAUGAAACAAGUCAGCUUGGACAAGCAUGUUCUGGCAGUGGUGGCGAUUGACAAGAUGCUCGACAAAAUGAAACACAGUAACGAAUUGCUGGAGCUCAUUCUGAAGGGUCUCAAUGAAUACCUGGAGAAGAAAAGACUGUAUUUCCCCCGCUUCUUCUUCCUGUCCAACGAUGAGCUGCUAGAGAUCCUCUCCGAGACUAAAGACCCAACCAGAGUGCAGCCGCACCUGAAGAAGUGUUUUGAGGGCAUUGCUAGCGUCGUGUUCACUGACGUUUUGGACAUCAUUCAUAUGAGGAGCAGUGAAGGGGAGGAGGUGGAGCUGGUGGAGGUCAUCUCUACUUCUAAAGCUCGUGGACAGGUGGAACAAUGGCUCCUGGAGCUGGAGAGUGGCAUGCUUCACUCCAUACACAAGGUGAUUGGAGAAGCAUUUGAAGCAUAUCCCAAAGAUCUAAGGAUCAACUGGGUGCGGGCCUGGCCGGGUCAGACGGUGCUCUGUGUCUCACAGGUUUACUGGACGAAGGACAUUCAUGAUGCCAUUGCAAAGGGACCAAAGGCUCUGCAGGCCUAUCUGGAACAAAACAAUUCGCAGAUAGAUGACAUCGUGACCCUGGUGCGUGGCAAGCUGUCUAAACAGAACCGGGUAACGCUGGGAGCGCUGGUGGUGCUUGACGUUCACGCCCGGGACGUGCUGGCCUCUCUGGUCCAGAAGGGUGUGGAUGAUGAGACCAACUUUGAGUGGCUCAGCCAGCUGCGCUACUACUGGAUCGAAAACCAGCUUCACACAAAGAUGAUCAAUGCAGGCUUGGCCUACGGCUAUGAAUAUCUUGGAAACACACCACGCCUGGUCAUCACCCCUCUGACUGAUCGCUGCUACAGAACUUUAUUAGGAGCUCUGCAUUUACACUUGGGUGGAGCCCCAGAAGGCCCUGCAGGUACCGGAAAGACUGAAACGACCAAAGACCUGGCUAAAGCCGUAGCUAAGCAGUGUGUGGUCUUUAACUGCUCUGAUGGCCUGGACUAUAUUGCUCUGGGCAAGUUCUUUAAGGGCCUGUUGUCGUCUGGUGCCUGGGCCUGCUUUGAUGAGUUCAACCGCAUUGAUCUGGAGGUGCUUUCAGUGGUGGCUCAGCAAAUUUUAACCAUUCAGAGAGGUAUUUCUGCCCAUGCUGAGAUGCUGCAGUUUGAGGGGACAGAGCUAAAACUGAACCCAACCUGUGCUGUCUUUAUCACCAUGAACCCUGGAUACGCAGGGCGCUCUGAACUACCCGAUAACUUAAAGGCUCUGUUCCGGACAGUAGCUAUGAUGGUGCCAGACUAUGCUCUAAUAGCUGAGAUUGUGCUCUAUUCUUGUGGAUUUGUCAGAGCACGACCGCUCUCAGUGAAGAUUGUAGCUACGUAUAGACUGUGCUCAGAGCAGCUCUCCUCCCAGCAUCACUAUGAUUACGGCAUGAGAGCUGUGAAAUCUGUUCUGACCGCCGCAGGGAACCUAAAGCUGAAGUUUCCAGAAGAGAAUGAGGAUAUUCUGCUGCUCCGAUCUAUUAUCGACGUUAACCUUCCAAAAUUUCUGGCUCAUGAUUUGCCAUUAUUUGAGGGCAUCACCUCUGAUCUGUUUCCUGGGGUCAAACUUCCCAAACCAGACUACAGUGUGCUGCUCGAGGCCAUUAAGGAAAACAGCGGCAAGAUGAACCUGCAGGUCACAGAUUUCUUUGCCGAGAAGAUCCUGCAGAUCUAUGAAAUGAUGAUUGUGCGUCACGGCUUCAUGUUGGUGGGAGAGCCUUUCGGCGGGAAGACGUCUGCCUACCGCGUGCUUGCCGCAGCCCUGCAUGACAUCUGCGAGAAGGAUCUGAUGGAUGAGAAUAAGGUUCAGAUCACUGUUAUCAACCCAAAGUCUAUCACCAUGGGUCAGCUGUACGGUCAGUUCGAUCCUGUGUCCCAUGAAUGGUCAGAUGGCAUCCUGGCUGUCAGCUAUAGGGGAUUUGCUACAUCUCAGAGUCCAGACAGAAAAUGGCUGAUCUUUGAUGGGCCGGUGGACGCGGUGUGGAUUGAGAACAUGAACACUGUGCUGGAUGACAACAAGAAGCUUUGUCUUAUGAGUGGGGAGAUCAUCCAGAUGUCCCCGCAGAUGAGCCUCCUCUUUGAACCCAUGGACCUGGAGGUGGCUUCACCAGCCACGGUAUCUCGGUGUGGUAUGAUCUACAUGGAGCCUCACAUGUUGGGAUGGCGGCCUCUGAUGCUGUCCUGGCUCAACACUUUGCCGUCCACUAUGAGAUCCAUACACAAAGACCUCAUCACGGGCCUCUUCGACCGCAUGUUGCCUGCGUGUCUGCAGCUCAUCCGCAGGGGCACUAAGGAAUUAUCUCCCACGUCCAACACGAGCCUGGUGAAGUCUCUGAUGAAUCUGAUGGACUGCAUGAUGGACGAGUUCAGAGAGGAAAGCCAGAUGAAGGAGAUGAAUGAGCGAGACAUCUGCUCCUGGCUGGAGGGAAUCUUUGUUUUCUGCCUCAUGUGGUCAGUCGGGGCCAGCUGCACCGAGGUUGGACGGGUAAAGUUUGAUGGUCUGGUGAGAGAGAUGCUGGCAGGUGGUCUCAGCGAAGAGACACGCACACGCCAUGGGAUCCUUGAGCAUGUGGAACCCCCCGCCAAGCAAGUGACAGUGCCUUUACCCACCGAGGGCACCCUCUAUGAAUACCGCUUCCUCAGAGAGGGUCCAGGCAGAUGGGAGUUGUGGACUGAACAGCUGAAACCUGUGGCCCCCAUCCCCAAAGAUGUGCAGUUCAAUGAAAUAAUUGUGCCUACGGAGAACACUGUACGCUACACUGCCCUCAUGGAGCUGCUCAUCACUCAUCAGAAGCCCACUGUCUUUGUUGGCCCCACGGGGACCGGCAAGAGCGUCUACAUUCUAGACUUCUUACUGAAUCGUCUGCAGAAGGAUGUGUACAGUCCUCUUUUGAUCAACUUUUCAGCCCAAACGACAGCUGCGCAGACUCAAAACAUUAUUAUGUCCAAACUUGAUAAAAGACGGAAAGGAGUGUUUGGGCCUCCACUGGGAAAGAAAAUGGUGGUGUUUGUGGAUGAUGUGAACAUGCCAGCAAGAGAAACCUAUGGAGCCCAGCCUCCAAUAGAGCUCCUGCGACAAUGGCUUGACCACUGGAACUGGUAUGAUAUGAAGGACUGCUCCAUGAUCAGCUUAGUAGACAUCCAGAUCAUGUGUGCCAUGGGUCCACCUGGUGGAGGCAGGAACCCUGUGACCCCUCGCUUUUUACGUCACUUCAACACAGUGACCAUUAAUGAAUUUGAUGACAAAACCAUGUUCACCAUCUUCUCAAGAAUUCUGGACUGGCACCUCACCAUACGAUUUCCAUUUCCCAAGCCGUUUGCCAGCAUCACCUCUCAGAUUGUCAGCGCCACCAUGUUGGUGUACGAGGAAGCCACCAAGAACCUUCUACCCACCCCAACCAAGUCUCACUACCUUUUCAACCUUCGAGAUUUUUCCCGUGUCAUCCAGGGGAUCUGCCUAUCCCGUCCCGAAACUGCAGAUGAUCCUACCGCCAUCAAACGCCUGUGGGUGCAUGAGGUCUUAAGGGUAUAUUAUGACCGUUUGGUUCACCCGUCUGAUUGUGCCUGGAUGGUGGACUUCCUGCAGAACGUCACCAAAUCUCACCUGAAAGAAGACUUUCAUCAGCUCUUUAAGCAUCUAGACAGCGACGCCGACGGGCGUGUAACCGAAGACGACCUCCGGAGUCUCAUGUUCUGUGAUUUCCACGACUCCAAAGGCGAAGACAAAAACUACCGUGAAGUGGGCAACCCUGAGCACCUCCGUCAGGUGGUGGAAGCCCAUCUCGAUGAGUACAACAAUGUCAGCAAGGCUCCUAUGAAUCUCGUUCUAUUCCGCUUCGCCAUCGAGCACGUCUGUCGAAUCUCCCGCAUUCUCAAACAGCCCCGUGGUCACGCUCUCUUGGUGGGAGUUGGAGGAAGCGGGCGUCAAUCGCUGACACGCUUGGCCGCUCACAUGGCCGAGGCGGAACUCUUCCAGGUGGAGAUCUCCAAGAGUUACGGAGUGGCAGAAUGGCGCGAUGAUCUCAAACUCAUCAUGCAGAAGUCCACAUCUGGUGAAACUCACGGAGUCUUCCUUUUUACUGAUACUCAGAUUAAAAUGGAAUCGUUUUUGGAGGACGUGAGCAACUUGUUGAAUACUGGCGAGGUUCCCAAUCUCUUUGCCGUUGAUGAAAAGCAGGAGAUUUGUGAGCGCAUGCGGGUCUUGGACCGUCAGCGUGAGCGUAGUAAACAGACGGACGGUAGUCCGUUGGCGCUGUUUAACAUGUUUUUGGAGCGCUGUCGUAGUCAGCUGCAUGUUGUUCUAGCUAUGAGUCCCAUUGGCGACACCUUCAGAAGCCGUUUGAGACGCUUUCCUGCUCUCAUUAACUGCUGUACGAUCGACUGGUUUCAGAGCUGGCCGGAAGACGCACUGCAGGCUGUGGCUACACGGUUCCUAGAAGAUGUUGAGAUGACGGACAGCACUCGUGCUGGCUGCAUCAGCAUGUGCAAAAGCUUCCACACCUCCACCAUCGAUCUCUCCGCACGGUUCCUCUCAGAGCUGCAGCGCUACAACUACGUCACACCGACCUCUUACCUGGAGCUCAUCUCUAUGUUCAAGCACCUGCUCCAGCUCAGAAGAGCUGAGGUCAUGAAGUUGAAGAGUCGAUAUGAGAUCGGUCUCCAGAAGCUGCAAUCGGCUGCAGAUCAGGUGUCCACAAUGCAGGUGGAGCUGGAAGCCCUUCAGCCUCAGCUGCGUGUGGCCACUAAAGAGGUGGAUGAGAUGAUGGUGGUCAUCCAGAGGGAGUCUGUGGAGGUGGCCAAGACUGAGAAGGUGGUUCGUAUGGAUGAAGCAGUGGCUAAUGAGCAGGCAAUGGCUGCCAAGGCGAUCAAAGAUGAAUGUGACGCAGACCUGGCUGUAGCUUUGCCCAUUCUGAAAACUGCCUUGGAUGCGCUGGAUACGCUCACUGCACAGGACAUAACUGUGGUUAAAACCAUGAAGGCUCCUCCAGCUGGUGUCAAGCUGGUGAUGGAAGCCAUCUGCAUACUCAAAGGCAUUAAACCAGACCGCAUUCCAGAUCCCUCGGGCUCCGGCAAAAAGGUAGAAGACUUUUGGGGUCCAGCGAAGAAGCUGCUAGGGGAUAUGAGAUUCCUCCAGAGCCUUCACGACUACGACAAAGACAACAUCCCACCCAACUACAUGAGCAUUAUUCGCAACAAAUACAUCACUAUCCCAGACUUUGUGCCGGAGAAGAUCCGUAUGGCCUCCACGGCCGCCGAGGGCCUCUGUAAAUGGGUUUGUGCCAUGGACUCGUAUGAUAAAGUAGCAAAGGUAGUGACUCCAAAGAAAGCGAAGCUGGCACAGGCAGAACAGGAGCUGAAGGUGGCCAUGGCGAGCCUUCAGAAGAAGCAGGCUGCUUUGAAGGAAGUCCAGGACAAACUGUUCAAACUGCAGGAGACCCUGGAAGCCAACAAGAACAAAAAAGUUGACCUAGAGAAUCAGGUGGACUUGUGUAGUAAGAAGCUGAACCGUGCAGAGCAGCUCAUUGGUGGGUUGGGGGGAGAGAAGUCCCGCUGGAGCGAGACCGCCGUUAAUUUAGGGCAACUCUACAACAACCUGACAGGAGAUAUUCUGAUCUCUGCUGCUAUAGUGGCUUAUCUGGGUGCAUUCACCUCCAGCUACAGACAGCAAGCAACAGAGGAGUGGAUUGACAUGUGCAAGACCAGAGGUAUUCCCUGCUCCAGGAACAUGUCCCUGAUGAACUCAUUGGGUGAGCCGGUGAAAAUCCGCAGCUGGACUAUUGCAGGCCUUCCUUCAGACAGCUUCUCUAUUGACAACGCUAUCAUUAUCUCUAAUGCGAGGAGGUGGCCCUUGAUGAUUGAUCCUCAGGGUCAGGCAAACAAGUGGCUGAAGAACAUGGAGAAAUCCAACAGCCUGCACGUCAUAAAACUCAGUGACUCUGACUUUGUGCGCACAUUAGAAAACUGCAUUCAGUUUGGCACACCAGUGUUGUUGGAGAAUGUUGGUGAAGAGCUGGACCCCAUACUUGAACCCCUGUUGCUGAAGCAGACAUUUAAACAGGGGGGCAGUAUUUGUAUCCGGCUGGGUGAUUCCACUAUCGAAUAUGCUCCAGACUUCCGAUUUUACAUUACAACCAAGCUGCGAAACCCACAUUAUCUGCCCGAGAUCUCAGUCAAGGUGACUUUGCUGAACUUCAUGAUAACUCCUGAAGGGAUGCAGGACCAGCUGCUGGGCAUUGUGGUGGCCAAAGAGAGACCUGACCUUGAGAAAGAGAAACAGGACCUCAUCGUGCAAGGAGCUGAGAACAAGAGACAGCUGAAGGUUAUAGAAGAUAAAAUUCUCGAAGUGCUCUCUGCAUCAGAGGGGAACAUUUUAGAAGAUGAGAUGGCAGUUCAGGUCCUCUCAUCUUCUAAAGAUCUGGCCAAUGACAUAUCUAGUAAACAGGCCAUAGCUGAAGCCACGGAGCGGAAGAUCGAUGAGACCCGCCUGGGCUACACCCCCAUCGCCGUCCACUCUUCCAUUUUGUUUUUUUCCAUCGCUGACCUGGCCAACAUCGAGCCCAUGUACCAGUAUUCUUUGAGCUGGUUCAUCAACCUCUUCAUAUCUUCUAUUGAGAAUUCUCAGAAAAGUGACCUUCUUGAGCAGAGACUGCAGAUUCUGAAGGACCAUUUUACAUACUCGCUUUACAUCAACGUGUGCCGGUCACUCUUCGAGAAGGACAAACUCCUCUUCUCCUUUUGUCUGAGCAUAAACCUGAUGAAACACAACAAGCUGGUGGAUGAGAAGGAAUGGGGUUUUCUUCUGACAGGUGGAGUAGGUUUGGAUAAUCCUCAUUCGAACCCCUGCUCCUGGCUGCCCAAAACAUCCUGGGAUGAAAUCUGUCGACUUGAUCAAAUGGAGUGCUUUAAAGGUCUGCGGAAAGACCUGGACCAUCUGCAGGAGGAUUGGAAAAGGGUCUACGACAGCAAGGACCCCCAUCACAGUCUUUUCCCAUCUGAGUGGCAGGAAAGGUUAGGACAGUUCCAGCGGAUCCUGGUGAUACGGUGCUUGCGGCCAGAUAAGGUUGUUCCCAUGGUACAGGAGUUCGUGUCAGACAACCUUGGGCAGCAAUUUAUUGAGGUUCCACCCUUUAAUCUGGCCACAGCAUUUGGAGACAGUCACUGCUGCGCUCCACUGAUCUUCAUCCUUUCCCCAGGAUCAGACCCCAUGGCUGCUCUUCUAAAGUUCGGCGAGGAGCAGGGCUUCACAGGAAACAGGCUGACCUCUCUGUCUCUGGGUCAGGGUCAGGGUCCAAUCGCCAUGAGCAUGAUCAAGACCGGUGUGAAAGAGGGAACAUGGGUGGUUUUACAAAACUGCCACCUGGCCACCUCCUGGAUGCCCACACUUGAGCGUGUCUGUGAGGAGCUGAAUCCAGACACCACUCACCCAGACUUCCGUCUAUGGCUGACCAGUUACCCCUCUCCUAACUUCCCUGUGGCUGUACUGCAAAACGGAGUCAAAAUGACCAAUGAGGCCCCCAAGGGCCUGCGCUCCAACAUCAUCCGCUCCUUCUGCAUGGAUCCCAUAUCUGACCCUGAGUUCUUUGACAGCAGCUCAAAAUCGGCUGUCUUUAAGAAGCUUCUGUAUAGCCUGUGCUUCUUCCACGGCCUGACACAAGAGAGGAGAAAAUUCGGUCCUCUCGGGUGGAACAUUCCCUACGAGUUUAACGAAACAGACCUGCGCAUCUCUGUCCAACAGCUACACAUGUUUUUAGACCAGUACGAGGAAAUCCCCUUCGAUGCCAUUCGCUACAUGACAGGUGAAUGUAACUAUGGAGGUCGUGUUACCGACGACUGGGAUCGCAGGACGUUGCGCACCAUACUUUCCAUCUUCUACACACCUGAGAUCACUGAUAACCCCGAUUACAAGUUUGACCCCAGUGGUCUCUACUACUCACCACCUGAAGGAGAUUAUAACAGUUACAUCGAGUACACCAAGACACUUCCACUAAAUCCAUCACCUGAAGUCUUCGGCAUGAACGCCAACGCUGAUAUUACGAAGGACCAAGUGGAAACCCAGCUGCUUUUCGACAGCAUUCUUCUCACGCAGUCCCGUUCCUCUGGUGGUAGCGCCACAUCUACAGAUGAGAUGGUGUAUGAGGUGGCUGCGGAUAUCCUGAAUAAACUUCCCCCAGAUUUUGACAUAGAUGCUGCCAUGCGCAGGUUUCCCACCAGCUAUAACCAAAGCAUGAACACGGUGCUGGUGCAAGAGAUGGGACGAUUUAACAAACUCCUGCAGACCAUCCGGGAUUCUUGCACGAACAUCCAGAAAGCCAUCAAGGGCCUGGUGGUGAUGUCUGCUGAGCUGGAAGAGGUAGUGAGUAGCAUUCUGAAGGGCCGGAUUCCCGCCAUGUGGAUGAAGAAAUCAUAUCCUAGUCUCAAACCCCUGGGAAGCUACAUUAAUGACUUUCUUCAACGACUCAAGUUUUUACACCAAUGGUACAAGGAAGGCACACCUGCAGUGUUCUGGAUGUCUGGGUUUUUCUUCACUCAGGCCUUCCUCACAGGAAGCCAGCAGAAUUACGCCAGAAAGUACACCAUUCCCAUUGACCUGCUCUGCUUCGACUUUGAAGUCAUGGAGGACGAGGAGUACAAAAGCUCCCCAGAGGACGGCAUUUACAUUCGUGGCUUGUUUUUGGAUGGUGCACGCUGGGAUCGCAAGACAAAGCGGCUGGCAGAGUCUUUCCCCAAAAUCCUUCAUGACACCAUGCCUGUGAUUUGGCUGAAACCCAUGAGGAAGCAGGACAUUCCAGAACGGCAGUGCUACAUUUCUCCAGUCUACAAGACUAGUGAAAGACGUGGGACCCUUUCUACCACAGGACAUUCUACUAACUAUGUUAUUGCUAUGACCCUAAAUUCAGAUGUGCCUCCAGAGCACUGGAUUCGCCGUGGGGUGGCCUUACUGUGCCAGCUUAACUCAUAGAUUUGCAGCUUGA